GCGGGCCGGGGGCAUGGCGAUCGGGGGAGGGAUGAUCGGCGAGCGUCACCACCACUCCGUGGUGGCGGCGCGGGUGGCGGCGGCGGCGCACGUGCUGUUCCUCACCACGGCGGUGCUCAUGCUCGUCUGGCUGCUGCGCUUCCGCGGCGGCAUCAACAUCCAGUCCGACGACCCCGAGCAGAUCUUCAAUGUUCAUCCGUUCGUGAUGUGCUGGGGCUUCAUUCUUCUCGUCGGAGAAGCGAUCCUGGCGUACACGACGAUCCCGAUGGACCACAGGACGCAGAAGAUGGUGCACAUGCUGGUGCACCUGGUGGCGCUCAUCCUCGGCAUCUUCGGCGUCUACGCGGCGUUCAAGUUCCACGACGCCGCCGUGGCGCCCGACCUGGUAUCGCUCCACUCCUGGCUCGGCAUCCUCGCCAUCGCGCUCUUCGCCCUCCAGUGGCUCUUCGGCUUCUUCGCCUUCUGGCUCCCGGGCGCGCACGAGCGGGCCCGCGCCGCCGCCGCGCCCGCGCACGUCGCCGGCGGCCUGGCCAUCCUCGUGCUCGCCGUCUGCGCCGCCGAGACAGGCCUCGUCCAGAAGAGCGCCGCCGCCGCGUCGGCCGGCGAGGGCAAGCUCAUCAACGCCACGGGGGUCUUCAUCCUCCUCUACGGCGUCGCCGUCGCCACCGCCGUCGCGCUCCGCAAGGCCUUCUUCUUGUAGGGCGCGCGGCCGCGAAGCGAUAGCCGUUGGAUGGCUCGUACGAUAGUGAUCUGUUUGAUCUGGUCCGUCGAUUUGAUGUGGACGUGUAUGCAACCCGGGUUUGCGUGAUGUGAAUUGAUUUUUUUUCCUGCUACAGUAAUUUGUACAGUGAACGUAACUCAUGUUCACGAUAUAUAUAAAAAAUGUGAUGCAUAAAUUUUACUUUGAUGGAUACUUGGAUA